ACUCGUUAAAUGCUGGAAAUAUUUAUUUAUUUUUUUAAAUAAAUUUGACUUUAAGUACAAUUAUCCGAUUUCAUCUUAAGAGUUAAGUAUACACAGUUUAGUAAAAUUACAUUCAAUAUAGACACUAAUGAAUUCUCAAUUUCUCUAGACGUUUAAAUCAAACAUUAAUUUAUCAUUUAUAUUCAGUACGAUUAAUUAAUAAAUAAUAGGAUUUGAAAUUAAUUAAUUGGUAAUGUCUUUUCCUACUCAAAACGCUAGAGACACCAAUCAAUUUAACCAAUAAUUUAAUGAUAUUAACUCAAGGAAUUCAAAAUCGAAAAAUACUUGAAGACUUAGAACAAAAAAAACAGUUAUUACUCAAAACAGGUGCUGUUCCAACCCCUUCAGUUGUACAUACAAAUAGUCCGGGAGCAUCAGACAACCAUUUUCAGCGGACUCAAAUUUUACAAUCUACUGGGUUUUUUAUUUCUACUGAUUCAGCCUUUGGUAAUUCAAUAUUGCCAGUGUUGCCUCGUAUAGAAAAAUAAUUAAAAUGGCUUGUAUGAAAUUAAAAAAACUACAAUUUGCUCUUGAGGAUAUUGAAACAUUUGUAAAUCCAAAAAUAGAACUGGAACAAUACACAACAUCUUCACAUAUUGCUGCAUGUAUUUUACAUACAGCCCAAUUUGUAUAUGGAGAUAUUUCUGAAAAAUCGAUUGCUGAUUUGGGAUGUGGUUCUGGAGUUUUAUGCAUAGGUGCUGCUUUAUUGGGUGCUAAUUAUUGUACAGGGUUUGAUAUAGACCCAUCUGCUCUUGAACUUAGUGUAGAAAAUACAGCUGAUCGUGAUUUAUCAGAUCGUUGUGAUUUUAUACUGUGUAAUGUUAAAAAUAUCAAACAUAUUAUACAAGCUAAAUCCUUUGAUACAGUUAUUAUGAAUCCACCAUUUGGGACCAGAGACAAAGGAGCCGAUGUUAUGUUUUUGAACAUGGCUAUACAUCUUGCUCGUACAGCUGUUUAUUCAUUACAUAAAAAAAGUACAAGGGAUCAUAUUAUAAAUGAAGCCAAGAAAUGGGGUAUUUACUCCAAAGUAAUUGCAGAGUUAAGAUUUGACUUACCGGCUUCUUAUAAAUUUCAUAAACAGAGUAGUGUUGAUAUUGAAGUAGACUUGAUUCGAUUUACAAUGAAACCUACAGAGUAAUAAUAUAACAUGAUCCAAUUUAUAAUUUUUUGAAAUUACAAAUGUAAAAUUAAUUUUCAUUGAGUAUAUUAAAUAAAUUUAUCUAAAAUAA